AGCGAAACGAACAUGAUGAAGAAAGUGGCGGUGGUGGCGGUCACUGUCGUUGUGACAGCAUCGCUGGGUAUGUGGAGGCUGUCGUCCACGGGUGACUUGAAGCAUGUGAUGCAUUGGGUUCAGAACCAUCCUGUCGUUGGCGGGGGUGCUUACGUUGUUGUCUUCGCCAUGGCUGUGGUUGCAUGUCUACCUGCGAGCGUGUUUGAGCUGGCGGCAGGAUACAUCUUUGGGUUUGGGUGGGGUUGGGUGAUAGCAGCCUCAGGCAAGACCCUCGGAUCAGUAAUCUCCUUUGCAUUAGGUCGGUACUACUUGCAAGGGUGGGUUCAUAAGAUGCUGCGUCGCGGACCUCCUCUCUUCCGCGCGCUGGCCCAAUUAACCUCUCGAAAUGAACUCAAGUGGAAGAUUGUCAUCUUGACCAGAAUAGCAUGGAUGCCCAUUGGCAUCAAGAACUACGGACUCAGUAUCCUACCAGUACACUUAUACUCCCUACAUAUUCCCUACAUCAAGCGGUUGCUUGUAGGUGUCGUUUGCAUUGUUCUUCUGGCCCAUGCUCUUAGUUGGAUCCAUCUUCUCGGCCAUCUCGGCCUAUCUCGGUCACACUGCUACCCACGUAUGCACAUACAUCUCAUCCUCCCGAACGAUUCGUGACGGUGAAGUUGCUAGGUGAAAUCCAUACUAACCGGCGACGGGGAAGUCGAAGGAGGCGGCGGCACCCCGACGUCCGUCCUCCAUGUGAGUAUGAUGGUCGUGGGUGCAGGCAGCGCCUUCACUCUCAUCGGCAUACUGGGGUAUCACACGCGGCGUCAUUUGGAAGAGAUGACCAAGGACGAAGGGAGCGACGGCGGUGACGUUGACGCCGCCGAAGAUCAACCUCUCAAGCCAGCUGCUCCAUCGCCGCCUAUUUCUCCAGAAACCGAAGAUCGUACCAGCGAUACGCUGGUGUGAUUGGCUAAAUAUUGUAAUUAUUUAUCCUUUUGAAGC